AUGAAUUCAAAAAUUAAAGGUAUAACGGAUGAUAUAACAUCAAUUCCACCAGAAGAACAGAGAUAUUACGCGUUAAAUGCAUUUCCUAAAGUUUUGAAGAUUGGAAGAUUUAAUUUAAAUGAGGAAUUCAUAGAAGGUUUCCUAAAUGACAUAAUGAAGAAGGUGGAUAAAGAAUACGUGGAUAGUGAGUUAAAUAAGAAGGCAGAUAAGGAAUACGUGGAUGAAAAAGAUAAUGAAAUUAAAGAAAUGGUUGAAUGGUAUCAUGAAUGGACAUCAAAGAUUUUAAAAACUAAAGCCGAUACAGGAUGGGUUUCAGGAUGUUUAGACCUUAAAGCGGAUAAAACAUAUGUUAACGAUGAGUUAAAUAAGAAGGCAGAUAAGGAAUAUGUGGAUAGUGAGUUAAAUAAGAAAGCUGACAAAACAUAG